AUGAAAGAGCACCAAGAUCAUGAAAUAGACUAUAUAGGAGAUAUCAAAAGUACACUUAAAGAUAUUCACAAAAAUAGCAAUGACAGUCAAAAUAUUGAUAGUAGUGAAAUGCUAGAAGAAAUCCCAGUGAAAGUUUUAUUCAUACAAUAUUGUUGGGAUUAUGGGGAAAGAUACACCUCAAAUUGCUUAGCAUUUGAACUUGAACAACUCAGACAUUUAGUCAAUACAAUCAAUAUCGAUCAAACAAAAUAUGAACAGACAAAUGAAAACACAGAUGAUCAAUACUCUCUACCCUUGGUUCUCGAGUCAGUUCGCCAUUGUGAAUCGUUACACACUUUUAUCAAUGAAAACAGAGACACGUUUUUUGGAAAAGAUAAAUAUUUUAAUAUCUGCCUCCGGCGGUCCAAGAGCCAAUAUAACAAUUUAGAUCUUACUAUCUUGGAUUUAAUUUAUCAGUUCAAUAGCGGAUACACACCCUAUAGAGCUAGUCCAUUGGUUUUCAAAUUUUCGUACAAUCAAAAUGCUUUAGAUGAAAUAAAAGCUUUACUACGACAAUCUGUUGUGUUGACCAGUACUUACGAAAGAUUCUGUUCUACUGGUGGCAGUCCAAUCAACAAUAACAACAACCACAACAUUGUGAACAAUAACAAAAAUGAAGAACCAAUUUAUAUCUCCACAUCAGCUGAAAGAGCUUCGCCAGUAGAUUUUAAUAAUGACAGUUCUACACUACAAAGCUCUUCAUUCAAAUCACUAUCAAAAUAUGAAUUAAUGGACCAUUCUAUAUCAAUGAUAAACAAUUAA